AGUCUAUCUGUCAAAUGAAAAGGGAAAGAAAAUAAGAAAAAUACACAAACGGCAAAAAGGAUGUGCAAUUGUGCAUUGAGUUUUCUAGUGUGAAAAAAAAAAUCCCGAACAUACACAAGGAAUUGAGAGCAAAACGAAGAUUUGACGAAGAAGCAAUAAUUUAACGUAAAUAUGCGAAAAUAUACGCAGCUAUGUUUAGUAUUAAUAACAAUCAUCAGUAUUAUUGUGUUAUUGAUGUAUCGCAAUGAAUAUAAACAAUUGAAAUAUGUACUGGAUGUGGUGAAUUUCAUUGGUCGUAAAGAUGAAAUUUCGUUGAUUCACUUGGAGAAUCAGACGAAUUUCUAUCAAGAAUCGUCAUAUCAAUUCAAUGAACCAUUGCCGAUAUGGCAACGCAUUGGAAAUGGAUUUCAUGCAUAUUCAUCGUUCUGGAUAAAACCAAAUGAUUUGAAGGCGGGCGGUGAAUUAAUAACCAUUGCCAUCGGACUGAAGCAUUCAAUUGUUAGUUUUAAAUGUGAACUCGAUUAUGGCGAUAAUAAAACGCAAAAAGGAAAAUUCGUAUUUGUUCGCGAGGAAAUAGUUGGCGAUAAUCCGAACGACACAGGCAACGGUGAACAUUUUAUUGUCUAUAAGUUUGUGUGCAAAGUCAACAAAAAUUUCGGAAUACCAAAACAAGCAAUAUUCACUGAUCUCAAUUCGAAAUCAAAGCAUCGCAUACAUGUACGAAAUUUAAAGCGAAAAAAUAUUGAUGAACUGCUUACGAUGACAUUGUGCGUUAAUUUAGUGCCAAGAAAUCAGACUGACAAUAAUCCAUUUCUCACGGAAUUCAAUCUAUUGCAAUAUUUUAUUCAUCAUCAAUUGAUCGGUGUUGACGAAUUUCUGGUGUAUGAUUCAUCUUCAAUUGAUUUAUCAUUGAGACAAACACUUUUUUCGCAUGGCAUCAAACUCAAUGCAUUUCCAUUUAAUUUUCCAUUUGAUACAAGCCAACGAACCAACAUACGUAAAUUAAUUGAAAUGGACUGUCUACUACGUACAUCAAACUCUGUUAAAUAUACGGCUGUUGUUACACCACGCGAUUACAUUUAUACAAAUGGAAAUUUACAAAAAACGCCACAACCAUUGUUGCAAAUGCUGAAGAAUCCAUCGUACGGAACGGAUGUUAAAUUGGAAAUACCCACGAAUCCCAUAUGUCGGCAUGAGAUGAAGAAAAUUCUAUCGGACAAUUUGCUCAUCAGUUCGAAUGUCAGCUCGGAAAGCAAUAAAAUCUUUCUAUUUAAAAGCAAUUACAUUUUUACACGCAAUAAUAAUGUCGCAUCGAAUGCCAAUUCGAUCAAUUCAAGGCUCAACAAAAAUUUGAUUUUCAAUAAUCAUUAUAGCGAUUGCGAUGAUAGACACAGUCAAAAUGUUAACGAUAAUCUGGUGGAAUGGCGAUCGGUUGUUUCAAUGGAAUUUCGAGAGUACAUCGAUCAAAUUGGUGUUCAUGUGAAUGCCUUAUUACGAAGCGAAAACUAAAAAAAGUCAAUUCAAAAUUGCUAGUCAUUGGUUCUAUUUUUUAGUUUUCUAGAUACUUAAACGCAUCCAUCAUUCGCAAUACUUUUCAUUGAUUCAUUUUUUCUUAAAAAAAUUAUGUGCUUUAUCGAAUGUAAGAAAAUAAUAAAUAAAUAAUUAGAGACCACAAUGUUGUUUGUUU